AUCUGUUCCUCUAAGCAACCACUUCCGGGUUCUGUAAAGAAAUUCAUUAUUGCAACCGGUAUUUACUGCUCUAGCUUUGCUGAUAGAAUAAGGCAGAAUGUCUUACCAAAUACCGCAAAUGUUUUCCUCGUUCCAAGAUGUAAUAGACCAAGAGCAGAUUAUUCGCGAAAGUGUAAAGAGCUCUGUUCAAAAUCUUGAACAGACAUCCCGAACAAUAUUAGCGCUUAUUCAAACAAUUCAUCAAGAAAAUGGUGUAAAAACUGCAAAAGAGGUUGCACAAAAAGCCAGAGAAAUGUUUACCACUGUCCGCAAAUACUACGAAGAACUUGCUUCUAAAAUACCAAGCGAACAAUACUACAAGUAUCACGAUCAUUGGCGAUUUGUAACACAAAGAAUCUGUUUUUUAGCAGCUUUUACGACUUUUAUUCAAGACGGUCGAUUAAUUUCAAAAUCGGAAGUUGCUGAAAUGUUAAAUGUUAAAUCAGAAAGAACUAAGGACUCUUUCCAUUUGGAUUUGGAAGAUUAUUUAAUGGGUGUUCUGCAAAUGGCAUCUGAAUUGGUUUGUAUGAAAUAACAUUGACACUGACUCUUUCAAAUAGGAUAGAUUAUACUGGAAGCUUUUUCGUAAACAGUCACGUUUCGCCGUUAACUCUGUGACAGCUGGAGAUUAUGAAACACCCUGUAAGAUAUCUAAUUUUAUGUCGGAGUUGGAUGGAGGAUUUAGGCUCUUAAACUUAAAGAAUGACUCGCUAAGGAAAAAAUUCGAUGGUUUAAAGUAUGAUAUACGUAAAGUAGAAGAAGUUGUCUACGAUAUAAGAAUUAGAAAUUUAAGUACGAAGAAGUAAAUCAAUCAUUCAGCGAAACUGGUGUCAGUGUUUUUCUGUAUUUUUCAAUUAUCGUUUUUAUACAUAAGAACGAUAUUUGAAUCUAUAAAGAGUUAAAUUCCAGUUUUUCCCAUCUUUUAAUAAAGUUAUUAUCUUUCCUCGAAAAUACAUCUCAUUCUGGAUAGAGUAUAUGUAUCACACAUAUAUAUAUACAGUAUAUAUAAUAUUUCUGUAUAUUCAAUAGGAACAUUUUAAAUGAGAACAACCUAUCAUUUUUUAUCAUUUAGAAAAUUGCUGGUACACCAAUUACAAAUGCUCUCUGAUUCCAUUUAAAUCUAUUUUAUUUAUGAUAUUUAGAAAGUGAUGCUUUCUGGAGAAGGUCAAGGUAAAAUUCUUACAAAUUUUUAAAUAUCCAUUAAUAAAAAGUAUUGUACUUUCUAAGUGCCAGCAUACACUUUUACCAUAAUAUAUAUAUUAGAGUUGCUGUAAUUUUUCUCAGUAAUUUCCAAAUUAGGUCAAAAGAUGAUUUAACCCUGAAUUUCUUUUUCGUUUUUUGCUUUUUUUUUCUAUAAAAACGCUCAUAUUCUGUUGGAU